AUGGCAAAAGCACAAACAUUAUUAUUACUCUGCUUUCUUUCUACCUUAAUAUUUACACUAAACAAAGCAACUAUUGUCAACUCCAAUGGUUUGACAGUAAAACUGAUACAUCCACACUCGCCAGAAUCGCCUUCUUUCCAAGGCAAUCUCUCUUCUGAAGAAAGAAUCAAAACUUCAGUAUUCCAAUCGUAUAUACGCGGUAACUAUCUAGCUAGAACAUCAUCUUCAACCAUGCAAACGCAGAUUAAGACACAACUAUUUCAUUACACAGUCAAAGUCGGGAUCGGGACAUUCAAAUCGAAACCUUCAUACAAAGAGUACUACUUAGAAAUGGACACAGGCGGCGGCCUUGUAUGGAUGCAAUGUGAUGGCUGCACAAAGUGCUUCAAGCAAACACCAAAGCCGUUUCCCAAGCAGAACUCCUCUUCCUAUCGCCCUAUUCUCGUCGAGAAUAAGCCUUCGUUUUAUGAGUGUGCGUAUCAAGAUGGAGACAGCACCAGUGGCAUGUCAGCCCAAGAAACAUUUUAUCUCACUUCAAAAAACGGAGGGUUAGCAAAAAUCGAAAACCUGAAAUUCGGGUGCGGUUUGGUCAAUAAUAUGCAUUUUGGGGAACAAAAAAACAACAAGAUUGCUGGAAUAAUGGGACUCGGAUGGGAAGAAAUAUCGUUCGUUAAACAACUCGGACCUCAAAUCAAAGGCGUAUUCUCGUACUGUCUUCCUGUUGUUUCAGACAAAACACCUAGUACUUAUCUAAGAUUCGGAGAAGAUGUAUCCCACAUAGAAAAGUACUCGAAAAGCACCCCAUUAUAUAGGAAGAACAAAGACAACUCGUAUUAUGUGGAUCUACAAGGCAUUAGUGUUAAUAAAACAAGGCUUGAUAUAAGCCCACAAGUAUUUGCAUUAAGGAAUGAUGUUAGGUCAGGCUGCAUGAUCGACUCAGGCAUGCCUUAUUCAAGAAUCGUUUCACCUGCUUUUGAUUUAUUGAAGAUGAAGUUGGAGAAGUACUUUUCGGGAUUUAAGGGGCUCAAGAAAAUCAAAGGAGAUUUGGGACUCGAAUUGUGCUACGAGAGGAGCAAGGCCGAAAAGUAUAAUAAUCUACCUGAAGUUACUUUACAUUUUAGAGGAGCAGACUUUGUAAUGAAGGCUGAGGCAGUUUUUGAGGUUGUUGGUCGAUCAAUAAUCAGGCUUCGUGAGUACUUUUGUUUGGGAAUGGUUCGUGAUAGUAGGAAGUCAAUUAUUGGAUCGCAUCAGCAAACAAAUCAUAGGAUCGUAUAUGAUACUAAGAAUAAGCGACUCGUUUUUUAUCCAGUGGAUUGUUCUAAGAAUCCAUGA